CGUGGUCGCGAUGUCGCAGUCGCGGGCAGCCAUGACGCGCCGAUGUUUUCCCGCCAUUUUCGUUAUUGUCGCGCUUUUGGGCGGCGAGACCCGCGGGCAGCAAGUGCUGCCCAUUUUCGAGCCGGGCGUCGGUGGUGAUUUGAACUUCUUCGGAGAGGCGUACAGUUUGCUGUUUCCUGUUGUCAGCCCGCCGCCGGAAGUUCUGGUGCCAGCGGCCAGUCAUCACGGACAAUGGGCUGAAGGAUACAUUCCUCCUGUACCGGUGGUCCAACAGAACCACAUAGACGUAGGACAGCAAAUGCAGAAAGACUAUUAUAACAAGCUCGACAAAGCAGCACGAAGGGGUUACAACAAAGGGCAGUAUAUAGACGAAGUGCUGGACAAAGGCAAUGAAGACCGCAAGGACGAAGCUGGGUACGAAGUUGAUUCAGGUACCAAGGAUAAGUACCUGGAUGAGGCUUUGCAUUACAAGAAGCAGCUGGAGGGCAGAAAAGGAGUUAAGACUGCCAAGUUUGGAGAGAAGAAAGGACACAGGAGGGGACACAAGACCAAAGGAUAUCACAAUAAGUUCCAUAAGGAUGAAUAUCAUAAAGAGCAUAGAUUCUAUGAUGACGUGAAGAAAAGUGGUCAUCACAGUAAGUUCGGCAAUUUCCGAAGCAAAUACGGCAAGAAGGAAGGUGGUCGCAGACAAGGGGGAAGACACAAGUCUGGUUACCAUGGCGACGCGUAUGGCAAGAAAGGUUUCUCGGACAAAGGACAUCUGGACGAAGAGCACAAAGGGUACCAAAGGCACGGUGGAAGGGAAGAAUACUACAAAAAACACAAGGACUUUGGAAAGCAGAACACCAAAGUCGGAGGUGCUAUACAUGCACACCAAGCUGGUGGGCAAAUAUGAUAGGUGGACUGUGUGUGAACUUGUGUGGUUCAUCAGAAGGACAAUGCAGUUGUCAAACGUGUUGUCAAAAGUAUACGGAUUACGAACAACGGAAUCACUGCGCGGUCAAAGAAAAAUUGUUCUUGGGUAAAAAGUAGCUAGGUAGCUGAGGCAGUCGUGAGUAGGUAUUUUUGGCAGCAAUAAGAAUUACGGUUUCACCGAAGUUGAAUGCUCGACAAGCGACAAUGCUUUUUGAAGUCUGUUAUUAACUGUAGCAAAAGAAUUAUUGUACCUUGGAAAAUAUUGUUACCGGACAUCAAAAGGAAAGUGUCUUUUGUCUGAUGCUGUGUAGCAAAAUGCAUGUUGUCGCAACAGACAAGAUACGGUUGACAUAUACAUAACUGGUUUCAGUCGAAAACUGUAGUAUGGUACAGAUUCUAUACACCACGUUUGAGAAAAACAAAGUUUAUUUUCGUGAUAUUUCUAUUACGAUUUUAAUACUUCCAGAACAACAUCACUCUACGUAUCAGUAGAGUUUCAUUUAGAGUUUAUAACUAUAGCCUCUCAAAAGUUCAUAAAAAACGUGCGAAAAUAGUAUUACGCUAUUAUAUCAAAGUUGUAAUUAUCUCUGUCGAUCUGUCUGUCUGUCCGCUAAUCCUUGACCCGGCUAUAACUUGGAAAGUAUCGCUCGGAAUUGGAUGAAAUUUUCACACAAGGUUACUACUAGGCUCCUGAUCACUUUCGACAAAUUUUUUGUAGGGGUUUACAAUUGGUUGUUAGGGGUUGCACGGUUGCAGAGAGGUGGGGAGGGUGUAUCUCAUUUUUUUACGUUGGUAUAUCUAUGCGGGUUGGACCCCAGUAGUUUUACCCACCUAUAUUUUACUAAUAGAUGUGUGUCGAUACGCGGGAUUAGUCAUAGCGACGAUCAUGUGAGCCCUCAAGGAUUUCUCUCAGUGGGUAUGAAAUCAUUAUAUUUUUUGUUAUACAUAAUAUUUUAAGAACUGAUUAGAACGUUGCUUGGGAAGUACAGAGUCAAAUUACUUGACUCCAUUUAUGAAUAACGCUACGACGACGGCGGCGCUAUAAAAUUAAAAGUUUUUUAAUAAAGAAAAAAUAAUAUAUGACACCCCGAAGUAAUGCGUAAUAUAUCCGUCGAACGUCGUUUGUUUGAAAUAACAAAUGCUUGUUGGACCUUAGCAAGACAAACAAAUUAGAUGAUUAAAUUUGAAAACUUAGUUGACGUAACUUUUGUAACUUUAUAUUUACAUUUUAACAAAGUCUCAAAGCUUAUCGACACACGUGUAUUUAUUUCUUUCGAAAGUUCAUAUGACGAGUAUAAUAAUCAACAAAAUACGUCUACUCUGCCCCGCUCUUGCGCAAUUUAAACUGAAUUUUACCUUAUUGACGCUCGACACAAAUUACGUGUGAAUGUGAAUAGAUAAUCCGCCUUCCCAUAACUAAUUUUUAUUGUAAUCGAUUCCAUUACCUCCCAUUCUGUAAGCUAAUUUCAUUUCUUAUACAGUGCAUUUAGGUUAAUGAUAUUAUUACUGGGUGACCGAUUACUUUUAAAAAGUAUUACGAGACGCCGCAAUAACUCUUUUGACUAGAUGUUCUUCAUGACCGAUCCCACUAAUAAUCCUGACAGCGGCAGUUUUUAUACAAUGUCUAUCAAAACUGUGCCUGUCUCAGCGAUACUGAAAGUGAAAGUAAUAAUGCUGAAGCCGUGAAUAAUUUUUUAAGAUUGAUUCUCGUUCUUUUGUGAUAUGCCAUAUUUAUGUGUGAACACUUAUUAUUAUAUUUAUAGUUGUACGUUUUUUAUGGUAUAAUAAACGUCUGUUUUGUU